UGCAACUGUUAUAAUUAUUUAUGAGAAGUUAUAAUUUAUUAAAAAGUGUUUUAUGAGACAUUAUGAAUGCAGUAUAAUGCAUGUAUAAAGCCUUUACAAUGCAUUAUAAAUAUGGGCUUCAUAGAAAGUGUUACAGAAAAAUAAUUAUCCCGUAAUCAUAAACAAAUGGUAAAUUCGUGGAAUUUCAUUGGUCAAAAGGUGUGGGAACCUUGAGGGAGGGUUUUAGUAUAGAAAUAUUUGCUCGAAGAAAGAGACAAUAGUGACUUUACAACACAGGAAAAGAAAAAAGGAAAUUCACCCUCUUGAAAAAAAUAAGGUGAUGCCUAAAGAAGUGGUAAACCCGACAUGCUGAGCGAAAAAGGGAACAGAACUGAAGCAUGUUUACUUUUGGUGCUUUGGUCUAGUUUAAUUUCUUUUCUAUACAUAAGCAUCUCUUCAAGGACAUGUAAAGUGGUGACAUGGAACUGCAACUACUGCAAUUUAUUUGGACUGUCCUACUUUUACAAGUCUACUUGUUUUGGAGCGGCCAGUGUUUGUCUGUACACUUCACAAACCAGCAGCCAAUACAUGUCAUCAAAGGCCAUAAUUUGAACCUACAGGCACAAAUUGACCUGCUUGAUGGUGAACGUAUUACCAAAGUGACGUGGGACAGACAGGCCAAGAAUUCUAGAAAGAAUUCAACAGUUGCCGAGUUUCCUGGUAAAAUCUCUGAUGGGAGGGCGAUUGUGGAACAACAAGGAGCCAUGCUGAAGAUCAGAGAUUAUCAACCAUCGGACAGCGGCGUAUAUACAGUUACAGUCACAAACCAAUCAGGGCAGAGACGUUCGACACAGCAAACCGUUGACGAGUAUUUGGCAGUGAAUCAUGUAUCAGUGAUGGUGAAUGUGUCUCACUGCAUUCUGCACUGUUUGGAGGCGUGGGGCACUGAGCCCACCUUCACCUGGCUGCACGAGCAAGCGGCUGUGACAGAGACAGUGGGUCAUGUGUCUGCAGAUGGAACAUCUCUGUAUGUCUCCAGCACCUUCUGUGGACACUUCACCUGUGUGGUGAGCAACAAACUGGGCCAGAGUUCUGCAACCUACACUGCAGAGCCAUGCCCGAGGAAAAACAGAGCCACAACUGCUGUUGUUCUGUGUUUAAUACUGCUGCUGCUGGUGGUCACAUGUUUGGAGAUUCAACUAUGGAGGAGAUGCAGGCAUCAGAGCAACAGAAGGGAAAGACUGAGAGAAUCGUGUGAAGACACAUUGUGAGCGCGCUGGGCUAAAUUCAUCGACCCGUAGGUGGUGCAAGUCACACUGCACAGGGACCAACUUUAUUUUUUCUCUUAGCACUGUAUCCAUGUCAUGAACAGUUAUAACUGCCCCAUUGAGCAAUAAUUAUGUGCAGUUCACAGCUUAGUCUUUUUAUAUUAUCCAACACAUCCUACCUCUUCUGCCAUUACAUUCCCUUGCACUGUAUAUAACAGAUUUGUAUUUGCACUGUGUAUAAUAUAUAUGUGUGUGUGUGUGUGUGUGUGUUUGUGUGUGCGCAUAUAUAUUUUGUCUUGUUGUGUAUACUGUAAUUUCUAUUACAUUUUCUUUUUUAUUCUAUCUUUAUUUAAAAAAAAAAAAAAUUUUUAUUGCUGUAUUGUAUUGUUGUACACUGGAAGCUCCUGUCACCAAGACAAAUUCCUUGCAUGUGUAAGCACACCUGGCAAUAUAUCUGAUUCUUCUAAAUAUUGAAAUGACCCUGUGCACUGAAAAAAGCUAAUGGAUUAUCAGUCACUUGAAGCUUUCUCAAGACAAAUACAUGAUUUGAUCCUUUGUUUUCUUAUUGGUCAUUGUAUUUGACUGUUUUGUAUUACAUUGGACUUACUGGGCAUUUUCAUAUUUAUUGAUGAGCAUAUUCAUUUGCCCAAACUACAAAAGUAGGCUAGCAUUAAUUACACUAGUAUCCGAAGUUGAUGUAGUUAAGAAUAAUGGUAACACUUAACAAUAAGGUUCUAUGUGUUAACAUUAGUAAAAUGCUUUAGAUAUCAUGAACUAACAAUCAACAAAAUUUUUACAGCAACUAUUAAUCUUUGUUAAUUUAGAUUAUUAUAUAUUUAUUAUUAAUUCAUGUUAGUUCAUAAUGCAUUUACUACUGUUGACAUAUACAACUUAAAAAUACAUUAGUAUUUGUUAAAUGUUAGUUUAACAUUAACCAAGAUUAAGUGCUGAAAUAUUAUUGUUCAUUGUUAGUUUGUUAAACUAAUUUUAUAGUCUUAACUCUGUACGAUUAUAUCUCAUACAUCAUCUCUCUUUCUCUGCACACAUCCUUAUACCAUAUCCAUAUCAGUUCUCAUCCUGUUUAAAACAACACGUGGUACUGUUGACAUAUGUUCUAUACAUGGAAAGCAGUGGUGCAUUCAGAGGUGCUUUCUAACUACACAAUAGAUUAUUGCCAACUGGGAGAGCGUUAAAUGUCAAACAGUCCCAGUGGUGCAUUAAUCUGAUGAUGUUGUUCCAGAGAGUCAAAGCCCUUACAAACACAACCGGAAGUUUUUAUUCAGCCAAUCAGAGGUACAGAACUGGACACAGAAACCACGGUACUCUGGCGUCCACUGACCAUGCCAGAUGCAGCAUGUCAAAACUCAUGCUGUGUUUGGUAUGGCAUACUACCUAUACUACUCUAACUACCUCUGCCAUAUCUGUCUAUGGCAGAAAUAGUAAGAGUAGUAGGCUAGUAUGCCAUUCUGAACUCUGCUUCAGUCUUUUGUGAGGUGAUGCAAGAAGAUUUGGGUGGAGACAGCGCUGCAGAAGAGCGCCAUCUGUUAUGUUGAAGGAUUGGCAGCAGAUGGCCAGCAAAAAUGUAAACUAAAUGUACAAGUUUUAACUGAAAUAUUAAGUGAAAUAAAAAAUAUAUAAACUAACAAUUUGAAAAGCUGAAACUAAAACCCCUCCAAAACUAUAAUAUUCAAUUACCACAUGUUGAUUUUAGUUUUUGGAUACACAUUCUAUUUUGGACAAAAUUGUACUAAAACAGUAUCACAAAGCAGUUGUAGUAGGCAUGGGUCAAACACAUUCGUAUUCGUUCGUGGUCAGAAGAGUACGCCAAGCACCCUCAAAUGGACAUUAAAGCACCCUCAAUUGAACAACACUGGUGCUUUGAGUCUUCACUUUAACUGUUAGAGCACAUCUACUAAAUUCAGAAGCACCCUCAGAGAUUUUGAUCUGGAACCAGGCCUGGGCUGGAGUUGCUCUGCAGUGCAUCAGAAACAGAAUGGGCCAUUUGUCCACUGUCGGUGCGCCGCUCACGUAUGGUGUAGACAGGAAAGGACUAAUUGAAAAUAGUAGGGAUUCAUCGAUAUAUUGGCUGUCGAUAUUUAUCGGCCAAUUAUUGACCAAAUUAUAGGCAUAUCGAAGCAUGAAAACACCGAUAUGAAAAACCGAUGGUUGAUUUAUAAUUAAUUAAUAACACACUUUCUAAAAACUUUAAAUGCACAUAUUAUUUCUCUAUCAUUAUGGCUCUCUUAAAAUGUUGGCCUGUCAUGUGUUCAACAGAUCCAAUCCAUGUUCAAUGGAAAUUAUUUAUUGUAAGAACAGUGAAGAAGCUUUUGUUCCUCUUUGUACAUUUUUAAAGCAUAAUCCCAAAGUAAAACGGAGAUUUGAUGACAAAAUAAGGCAAGUGGCAAAAUAUCGGUAUCAGCCUAUUUUUUUUUUAUUUAGUUUUUGUUUGUUGUUAAAACCAGUAUCGGCCAAAAAAGUUCAUAUAUCAGUGCAUCCCUAGAAAAUAGAGAUAAAAACUAAAUUUAAACUCGUAUUACGAAGACGCUCUUCUGCAAGUGAAAAUCUGCUGGUGCUCCUGAAAUGGACAGAUAAUACAUAUAAGGUGGUGUGGUAAUUCAUCACUGUAAGGGGGUUCAGUGGAAAGGAGGCGGUGAGAACCGGCUUGACAACUUAAAUAAUAAUUUAAUAAACAAUUUAAACAAAACACACAACCAAAAACACACAGUACAGCUGCCUGCAAUUCUCUCUCUCUCGAACUGUCGUCCCCGGCCGCCUUUAUCCCUCGCGCACCCCAUCAGGCUGAUUGGGGACCGGGUGUGUCUCAUUCCAGCCCGGCCCCGCCCUCCUCGGCUCUACAAUCACAUAUCAUAAAUAAUAGGCCUUUCACUUAAUAUUGCCAAGAUAAGACUGACUGACUGCCUAAAAGGCCACUGCUUCUUCCAACAAAUCUCUGAAUCGCUUUACAGAUUACAUUUUCCCCUACUUCCAUUCUCUUUAUAUUAUCUAUAGGUGAGUUACUCCCAUUAGUGUUUAGAAAAGGAACUGCAGGAAGUAUCAGUACUAGUAAAACACUUUGAAAAAAUUUCAAACCGUGUAGUGUACAUACAAUAUAGGGCAGAAAAAGGGUGGCAUGUUGAUAUGCUUUUCUGUGAAAUGCAGUGUUCUGUGUAUAUUUUCUAAAUGGCCAGAAGGCAGGUAAACUCAUAAUUCUGUGUGGGGUAUACUCAAAAGUUAUACUUAAUCUUGUCUAGAGCGCAAACAUGAGGUGUAAUCGUCUGUUAUGCAGAUGCAUAAUGGUCUGAAACGGCCCUGCAAGGCAUGAACAAAAGCACAAAUACCAAGUCCGUGUUUCAAAAGCAAAGCUUUUUAUUGCAAGUAUUAGUGAAAGAUACACUCCAAACUGAAGCAAAGCAACACUAAAAGGCCAUUGAUCUACAAAGAGUAUUAAACAAAGAAAGACAUUUCAAGGUAAAAGAAAGAUCCCUUGGUACAUUGGAGAGACUCUUUGCAAACACUGAGAGAAGGGAGGACAGAGCCACAGAGCUCCUGGUUAGAGACGAGAUACCGGUCAGAUAACAUGAUAGAGACAGGAACGGCUGCACUUUGGCUCUUUUAUAUGCAUCAAAGACGACAAAAAUAACACAAUGGAAGUCGUCUUCCAGUACGAAAAGACAUGAAGGGUAUUCGGUGCGAGCAUCACUCAUCUUUGCGACAGAAAUGGAGAAUUGACAGACUCGCCAUUCGUUUGCGUUUGAUGAUUCACAGUCCAUUUUUGGAAUGCUGGAGCUUGACAUUUCGGUAAACCGUUUUGUAAACAUUUUUAGGAAUUGACGUGCAUUCUGUCACUGAUUUUGGUGCAACUUCACCGGAGCUCGAUGCCUAUGUCCUCCUGGAAAGUGACAACACAACGAUUUAAAAUACAGACACGGGUCUCUCGCGUACAGACGUAUUGCCCUGCUCUUGCCGGACUGGAAGCGAUUACAUUUGCACACAUCUGGACUUAUCAUCGAACAAUUAGUGGUUUAAAAAGAGUACCAAGAUGCCACAAGGGAGUUAGUAUGCUUCUCUAUGCACAACUAAGGCGUUUGAUAGAUAUUUCAAGUUGAAUAUGAAAACAAAAUAAAACAGUUAAGGCUGAGGCACACACAUACAUAUAUACAUAUAUAUGUGUGUGUGUGUGUGUGUAUGUAUAUAUAUAUGUAUGCGUGUGUGUGUGUGUGUGUGUAUAUAUAUAUAUAUAUAU